AUGAAGAGAGACUUGAAGAUUGCCAUCAUUGGCGGUGGUAUCUCCGGCUGUACCGCUUACCUGCAGCUCAAAAGACACCUGCCCGGAAAUCACGACAUCACCAUCUACGAAGCUUACAAUACAGACAAAAACGCCACGCAUGCAGACUGGCAAGAUGGCCCAACUCACUCGUCCACUCUAGUCGUGGGUGGCGGCCUUGGCCUCGGCCCCAAUGGCCUGCACGUUCUCCAGCGCCUAGAUGGGAAUUUGGUCCGCGACAUCGUGCGAGGCGGCUAUGUCAUCUCACACGGCAACAUGAAGGACAAGAAUGGGCGUCUGCUAGUCCGCAUGGAUACGAUAGCUGAUCCUGGAUCUUCACCGGUCAAUCAAUCCACGCAUGUCCUUGGCUGCAGUCGUCACGCGCUCUGGCGGUGUCUGCGCGCCCGCAUUCCAGACCGCGAUGUUAUCUGCAGGCGUAUUGAGGGGGUCAUUGCGAACCCAGAUGAACGGAACGUGAUCACAUUCGUUGGCGACAUUAAUACCGCUGAAGCAGACUUGGUUAUCGGGGCUGACGGGCUCAAAAGCACUGUCAAACGGGCGUUGUUUCCUGAGGCGAAAGACCUGUAUCCGCCUCAAUAUGAAGGCCUAGUUGGAAUAGGCGGCUUCAUCCCCGCCGACCAAGUCCGCCAGCACGUCGAAUUAGGUUCCAUGAACUUCAUCCUAGGUGGGAACGGCUUCUUUGGGUACUUCUUCGCUGAGAGCGAUCCCGCCGCACCGCAUCGGGACUCAUCAAGUCAAGUCUCAGAACCAGGUUCGUCUCUCGCUUGGUGGUCGACGUACUCAGCAGAUGAAUGUCCCGAUCCCAAGGCCCUAGAUAAAGACGAAGUCGUGCGCCAGCUGCGGGAGCGGCACGCUGACUGGGGAGACCCAGUUAUCCAAAGCAUUCUGCAUUCCCUGCAUGUCGAGAACAUGUAUCCAACAUGGACAUCGCCGGCUCUGCCAAAAUGGGAACGCUUCGGGGUAGUUCUCGUAGGCGACGCAGCACAUGCCCUACCGCCAACAUCAGGACAGGGAUCCUCACAAGCAUUGGAAGAUGUAGAAGCACUUACCAUGUUCCUGGCUCAUUACCUAGGUCGGGUCGACGACAAACAUGCGAGCACACAAGAUUAUACUCUAGCCAUUCGAAGAGCAACAAAAGACUACGAACAACUCCGUCAACCACACGUAGCAGACAUCCUAAAGCGAGCACAGCAGUCGCAGAACUCAAAACGCACCAUGGGCUGGGUCGAGGAGUAUGCAAUGUACUGGUUCAUGUGGGUAUUAGGCUUCUUUCCCGGGUGGAUGACCGGCCCGGUGCAAGCCGAGUACAAUUACAAUAUUGCGGAGGAUGUCAAGCGGCGAUUGCGAUAG